UUCUUCCUUGCUGAAUCACCAAGGAAUGCAUGAAAAAUCAUUAUUUUGCAGAAAACGGGAGGGGCAUAUGUUGUCUCCAUCUAGAUUCAGCCUUGCUUACGCGGUGCCAUGCCCAAUUUCUAUAUGAAAUAAACACGCUAUCAACCACUUAGUAAUGAGGGAAAAAGCUUUUUGUCAAGCUGACACGUGAUCAUUCAAACACAUUAUUGUGUACUGAGGAUGGUAAACGAUCAUGGCUGUUUCUUGUGCCAUAAUACUUCGUUCUGUCUAAACCCUUCAUCUCAGGAUGAACCAUUGCUGGAAUUAGCUACUUUCUCACAACUGUUUGGUAAUACAAGUGCUUCCACUUCCAGAGUAUCCAGCUGCUUCUCUUGAGGACCUGAAGAAAAAGAUCCGUUCUUCCAAACAGUAUCUAAAGACAGAUUACAAGUUGCACAUCAGUGAGGCAAACCCGUGUGCAGACCACUGCAUUACCUUUGCUCUGUCAGAUGGACAAACCAAGUGCUCCCAUGACCAUGACUUGGUGUGUGAACGUUGUGAGGAAUUGAAAGAAAUGCUUGAUAUGAUGGAAGUUGCAUUUGAUAACCCAGAAGUGGUUUACAGGUACGAAAAGCAGUUAGAAGAACUGCAGUACGACUUCGAAGCCGGCCGAGAAAAAGUUCUGCAUCUGAAAUCCCAUAUAAUGAGAGCGAAGAACCAAGAGAGGUGCAAAGUUCAGAUUCUUCAAGAGCUGCAACCACAUCAGGCACUAAUAACAAUGGAUUGGGCCAUGAAGUUUCUGCCAACGAAAUAUAGGGAAGCGCAGCAGGAUUGGUUUGGAAAAAAGGGUGUUUCCUGGCAUGUGUCUGCUGUCAUAACUCGUGUUGAGGGGAACGAAUUUCAGAUCCACUGUUACGUCCAUGUCCUGGACCAAUGCAAACAAGACUGGUUCGCAGUAUUCUGUCUUGUGGAAGCCACACUAUUGAAGGUGAAGUUGGAGACACCUACAGUGAAGGACGUAUUCUUACGCUCAGAUAAUGCAGGUUGUUAUCAUAAUGCAUCCUUACUAAUAUCGAUGAAAAACCUGCAACAGAUCACAGGCCUCACUAUCAGGCAAUAUGACUUUUCUGAAGCACAGGCAGGAAAGGACAUCUGCGACAGGAAGAUCGCGCCCAUGAAGUUCACAUACAACGCUUUGUGUGUGAGGGACAUGAUGUUACUAAUGCAUCUGAGAUGAAGGAUGCGCUGGAGUCAUAUGGUGGUGUCAGGUGCUGCUAUGUUUCUGUUGUGACACUUGCAGCUGGUGCACCUAAGGCUCUGACAUGGCCAGGAAUCACGUCAUUUACCAACUUUCGUUAUGAGGACGGUGGAAUCCGUGUUUGGAAGGCAUACAGUAUUGGUACUGGCGAGUUCUUUCCAUACCCCAAACUGGAGAGCAAGCAAGCUGCUGCAUUAGCUCCAACUGGAGUGACACUCAGUGUGUAUACGCGGCCUAGUGUAGGUGUUGGAGCAAUGAAGGCACAAGGUGAAAUCAACAAGGUGGAAAUCCCGUGCCCUGAAAAUGGAUGUGACCAAUUUUUCAAAUCACAAGAGGACCUGACAGAACAUUUGGCCUAUGGCUCCCACACAAGUGUGACACUCAAGGAAACCGUGAUGGACAAGUUAAAGCGGAAAUGGGCUGGGCGAGUUGGUGCCAUAGCCAAAGUUGGACAACCCUCCGCAUCUGUUGUAGUAAGGAGCAAGACAGAUGCAGAUUCAGAACAAUCUUUGCUUUUUUGCAGGCUGGGCUCUUCGAGGACAGAAGACCUCAAGACGGUUUUCUGCAGAAGUGCGGAGAUAUUUGUAUGAGGAAUUUAUGAAAGGUGUGACUGGGUUCAAAGAAAAUCCAACUAACGUUGCAAAGCGCCUGAAGAUGAUGUUUCCCAAGGAUCAGUGGCUGACUUCAACACAGGUUAUGUCCUACUUCAGUCGCCUCUCUGCAAAACAAAAGCAGGGACAGCUUUCAGAAGUAUCGGGCCACUCCGAGGAAGAUGAGGCACAAGAGGAUGCCCAAGAAGAGGUACACCAGGAGACAGUCAAGCGCUACAGUCUUCGUAGAAAGGUUAUGACAGAAGUAGGGAUACUAGUAUAACCAACUUCACCUAUGAACUCAUUGGUUUUGAUGACUUCGUUUGGAACCAUUUUAUCAUGAUUGGAUUGCAGACAGCUAGUCUUCAGUCAAGUCUUUUCGUUCGAUCUAGCGUUAUCAUUCCAUUCAGCUGCGUAGCUUAUGGGUUGAUCGCCAUGCCCCUGCAUUUAGCGUGAAUCUCUCAAUCUUGUUGCAGCUUGCCAUACCCUUGACUAAAGUGAUCAUGGGUGCACUAAUCAGCAUAGUAUCCUCUUGAGUGUACAAUAAUAAUGUGCAUUGUAUUCAGAAAGCAUUUCGAGUCAACAAUAGUAAUGUACAGUACCGGUCCCAUAAGAGGAUCAUGACUACUACCCCUCACAGUGGUUAGAAUAGCCUAGCUGGUGGUUUAUUGUCGAUGAACAGUUGAAGCCUGCUGUGAAAAUCCAUAGCCCAAUUUCCACUUAUUUUGGUUUUGAAUUUGAAAAUUGAGAAUGUGAGUAUGAAGGGCUUGCCUGUAUCGAUGAAUGACCAGUAUCUCUUGGUGGACAGUGGCUGAGGAAGUUUCAGUAUAAUGCUGGUUCUUUGCACUGGCAGGUGCCUACCCGAGUAACCCUCAGAAGUCAAGACUAUCAGGAAUGUCAGUUAUGAAUCUGUGUAAUUUUCAGACAUGUUCCCCAUCCUCAAUUUUGCCCAGCAGUAUUUAUACCAUUGACAGUACUUUACGUGUUUCAGAAUUUCUGAAUAGUGAGCCAGUCUUUGUUUGCAUAGUUAAUGCUGUUGUGAGUGCUGCUCUGAUUCAAAGUGGUUAUUCCAUUUUUUGUUUCCAUGGUCUCUGCAGGUGGUGACAUACCACAUCCAUGUAUAUGCCCAUGUACACAUCAUGUAAAGAGUAUUAUUUCUCGAUGCAGCGAUAUCUUUUUUUG